AUGCCCGACCGACGAGGAUCCCUCCGAGUUGUUCGCGCAGGUACCAGCGUCAAAAUUUCAACCUAUGUCACUGGUUGGACCUUUAGCUUGGACCUUGGCGAGGUUUCCGAAUCGUCAAUGGUUCUGCACGCCGAGCUCAAGUUGAGCUUGUACUCCUCCGCCCGCAGCGGACUGCGUCCGGGGCCGACGUACUACGGAAUGUUCCUCCUACGGAUCGACAAUUACUGCCGUGCUCCUGGAGGUUCGCACGUCUCAAAUGUGUUUCUGACUGGUGCCAACCUUCCUGCGUAUACGGUUACUAAUCAGCGCAGCUACAUACGUCCCCAUGUCAGGCCUGGCUUGCGAUUGGUGCGAACACCAAAGCAGUUCCAACUCUCCCAACGUCGCUCCGAAGAUCCCAAGCUCAUUGGUGCCGCCCCUCACCAGCAAGAAUCAGUCGCCGCGGCUAGAAAAUCCUCAUGGUCCACUUCGCCAAUUUCCCCGACCGUAUGA